AAUAAAAUCAGCUGUACAAUAAAAUAGACCGUCGAAGAAAAUAGAACCUUCGUUUAUUUCUGUUGAAAUUUGACCAGUUAGUAGCUGAAAAUGGACGCCAAAAUGUGUUAAUUUGGGGACAGGAGUCUUCGCAGACGCUUAUGGAUAACGCUGAUUCACUCAGCUUGUGCAUGUGUGGCUCUUUUGGGCAGAAGGUGCCUGUGGUUGCUGUGUGUGGUUUGGGACUAGUCGGCUCUAGCCAUGCUAUGUUCCUCGGGGAAGAGGCUUCAGGCCAGCAUGCUUUACAACAUGCUCUCUGAGUCCCUCGCCAAAGAGCGACAAGUAUGGAGGCCCUUUCUUCUCAAACAGCCCAUGGAAGAGGAACAUGAAAUCCAGCCCAGCCAUAGAGAUGAGGCAGUGAAGUGGAUCCUAGAAUGGAACCAGAAAUUCAAAUACUGCCCUGAAACUUUUAUGCAGAGUGCUGAACUACUGGACAGGUUCCUUAUGGCUGUUAAGGCAAAACCCAAGUACUUAAGAUGUAUUGCCUUCAGUUGUUUCUUCCUGGGUGCCAAGCUUAGAGAAGAGGAUGAGGAUGUGCCCGCCACCGAGGAUCUUGUCCAGGAGAGCGGUUGCAGUUUCUCUGUAGCUGAGGUUCUGCGAAUGGAGCUCAUUGUUCUAGAUAAGCUCAAGUGGGACCUGACCACGAUCACCUCCUUGGAAUUUCUGCAGAUGUUCCACGCCAUGCUGUUGACCCAGUUCCCGAAGCUUCUGUCUCCCCUGGGUCACAUGACACCAUCGCGUCACCUGUCCAUCCUGACGGGACGUCUCAGUCAGUGCCUAACCAAUCACAAGCUGGCGACGUUCCACCCGUCCGCUUUGGCGCUGGGCCUGCUCAGCCUAGAGCUGGAGACUGUCAGUCGGGACUGGUUGACGCUGUCCAUGAUGUUUCAACGUCUUAUUGGUGUGAAUAAUCAGCAGCUUAUUCGAUGUCGUGAGUUAAUUACCAGCACUCUAAUGGGCCAUCCUAGCUUCAAUGCCGUCUACAUUGUCGCCCACCCCAAUCCCCACGGCAGCCACGACCAGGCCAGCACCACAGGUCAUCAAUACAUCGACGACCCCAAGCUAGCCAAGCACAAGAAUCAGAUAGAGGAAGAUGAAGAUAUCUACGCCAGUAUCAAGCGUCUGUAUAACGAAGACUCCGGUGCGGAGGGGUUCCCCGCAUCGGUCACUCCCCACCCAAAGGGGGCGCUGUCCCAACCCCAGGGGCAGCUGUUGCCAUCCUUGGGAUCCACCUGUUCAUCACAGAUGAUGAAUGAUCCUGAGGAGACGAUGUCGUCCCCAUGUCCCCCUCUCCAGUCCAUUGAGGUGACUUGAGGACGACUUAUUGCCCCCUGUGCCCUCCUUUACAGUCCAUUGAGGUUGCAUAGUAGCGUUCUGGUAUGUUGUGUACAGUAGUUUACCAGGUUGGAUUGGGAAUGUUUUUUAAUUGUUACUCUGUGAUUUGGGUUGACUAAAGAUAGCAUUCAGAUUGCACUUAUGCGUCAACAUAUCAACACAUUUGGAAAGUUAAAUCAAAGAGAUGUGUUUUUAAAUGUUCAAGGCGUGUCUGAUAUAAACUGUGAACAGUUUCAUUGGACAUAAUGUGAUCAUUUGUAUCAUUUUUAAUCAAAAUUUUUAGACAGAAUUUCCAGAGAGAUACUGAAAUUUGAAUUUGAUAGUUAUUUCAGUUUGAUUUUGUUCAAUCUCUGAUACUAAUGUUUGUUUUUUCACGACUGCAAAUGUUUAUGACAACUACAUUCAAACUGAUCGUCACUGAGCAAUUAUCUGUAUUCCCCACCUACUGUUCGUCCACAUAUUUUUCUUGUGCAUUUUUAACAUGGAAGAGGAACUACCAUGAAAUAAUGAAUUUCUUCUCCGUUUGAAAAUCCAAAUGAAAGAAAUAUAUAUUAAACAGUUUGACAACUUGAGUAAAAAAACCCACUAACUUUAUGUGUAGUUGUAAACUUAGUUUAACAAUAACAACCGAGUCAGUCAGUGGCUUAGUAGUUAUUGUUUGUGUUCACUAGUAUAGGUUUUAAUUUAUUCGCAUGAGAAGCUGGUACAGUGAAGAUCACUGCACACAGAUUAUGAUCAAAGAGUUCUUUGGGUUUUUUUUUUUAAGAAGAAAAUAAUUUAUUUUUUAUUUUACUUUGAAUUGUUUUUUUUUUUUUCAGCAAAUGCUUAAAUUUAUUUUAAUAGUUUUGAUUUCAAAAAUAUGAGUUGAGUAUUAAUUAUAUGAACAAAUUCAAUGAAUAUUCUGAAAUCUGUGAGAAACUUGGGUGAGUCUUGCAUCCAUCUUGGACAGCCAAGGUUGAAUUCAAAGAGUUUCAAAAUGUGCUUUAAAAAACCAAGGUGAAAGAUUUCACUCAAGUAUGAAUGAUAUUUUUCAUAGUUUGAAUGGAUUCAUUUGCCAAAGGGUUUCUUGGGAGCUUUUGAAAUGUUAGAUUCUCUGUGAGUUAUUUAUGCACAUUGAAAUGCCUCAACACUCAUGUGAAUCAAAUUCAUUGAGACUUGGUUUAACGCUAAAUGGGAACAAACAUCUUGGAAUGUUCAAGAAAGAUGCAAACCAUUUUUUGCUUAUUUACAAAGAAGAAACAAUAAGCAACAAAAAGGGCCAAGUUUAGACAGGGACUAUAUCUCGACGAGCAGCCUAUAUUAACUGGUGCUCAUGCUCCUAACAUGUGGGUUACCAGGCAAUAACAGUUGGUCUCUGGUCGACGAACAGUCCUUGUGCGAACUUGGUCCAGUGUCUCGUCACUUGACAUUGUUACAAUGAUGUAGAUACCUGCUGCUAAACUGUUAUAAACUAGUAGAGCCAUUCCAAACUGUAGCUGUAAGGUUGUUGGACCAGCCUGCAGCAGACUAGACUAAGCCAAAUGUCAUAAAGUUGGUAAGCACAAAAAUUUGCUUAGCACAAUUUAAAUCAUUGCAUGGCAGAAAAGAGGUUACCAUUUAAAAAUGCCAAAAUCACAUUCACAAUGGUGUCCUAAAAGUGUUUUUUUUUUGCAAUAGCAAAAAGAUGGUUGGUUAGCAAAAAGAUGGUUGGUUAACAAAAAUUUCUGCUUCUCAGUGAUAUGAAAUUUGCCUCAUUGUAAAAGUCAUCUUCGUACAUGUAUAAAGAUUAAAAAUAUUAUAUUUGAUGAAUCUAGGUAAUCUUGUACAGUUUUUUGCAGUGCACCUGAAGAUUUUUAACCAAAGGCUUUAUAAAGAAUAAUAUAUACUGGAGGUAGUAACUUAUUCUUUCAUGUGAAGACGAAAGAUCGUUAAACGACUUACUUAACCGGUAGUGACAUUUUUGUAUUGUGUUUAUGCAUGAUGCCUCUUACAUUAAGAGUCUGUUUAGGAAAGUUACAAUGCAAGUUACACUAGCAGGAGUUUUUUAACUUGACGUUUUAGUUUGCUACUCUUUCCCUUUAGUUUUUUUUUCUGACAGAUGAAGAAGUCGGUUAGUUUUAUCGAAAUGGAAAAAAUGGAUAUCACACAAUUUUAACAUUUUGAAUCAAUCACUUUGUGGUUUUAAAAAAUUUUAAAUACUGUUUUUCAUUUUCAGAGAAUUUGAGUCUGAAUGACUUGUGAUACAAAUUUGAAUUCAAAUUCUUUUAACUCUAAAUAGGUAAUUUUCCUGCAAAGCUUGAAAUUAGAUCUCAUAAUUGACUUUUAAAAGUCUACCAAACAGCUCUUUCUUAGAUUAAUUAGUUCCGUAUAAUCGUUGUUGUAUUUUAUGCAUGUGUUGUUCAUUAUUGUCAUGGCUUUUGUGUUAUUUAUUUUUGGUAUAUUAUUUUUGGUGCUUAAUGAGCUGUUUUUGGUUUGUGGCUGCUCUCAAGCCGUUCAAUCCACAGGCCUGAGCCAAAUAAUGCCUAUGUAAAUUAUUAAAAAAAAACAAC